AACUACUUAGGACCAAUCAACGCCGUCGUUGUAUCUCCGAGCGGUGACGUAAUCACCGGCUCUAAGGACAGCACGGUCCGCGUGUGGUCGCUAACUACGGAAGAAUGCCAAGCUGUGUACGAGGGCCAUGCUAGUUCUGUUCUGUGCCUGGAAUUGACACGAGACGGCGAGAGUGUGAUAUCAGGCUCGGAAGACAAGACUGUCAAAGCCUGGCAUCUAAAGACAAAGAACUGUGCUACACUCAAAGGCCAUGGAGGUCUGAUCAAAUGUUUGGCGGCUUUGAAUGACGGUCGAAGAAUUGUGUCUGGAUCAAAAGACCAGUCGCUGAAGAUCUGGGACCUCAUCUCUCUUCAAUGCUGCGUGACUCUAAAAGGUCACACAGACCUUAUUUGGCGCGUUGCCGUUGCCUCAAACGACAGUUUUAUUGUGUCUGCCUCAAAAGAUGACAUGUUAAAAGUCUGGGAUCCAGUCACAGGUCAAUGUCAGCAGACCUUAAUUGGCCACUCAUCGUGGAUCUCUUGCGUUUCCAUAACAACGGAUUGCAAAACGAUCAUUUCUGGUUCAAAUGACAAAAACGUCAAGCUCUGGAACGCCACUGGAAAUGAGCAUGCUCAGAGCAUCUCAACACCGAGUGAUCACAUCCUCCAUCAUGCUACACAGCCUAAUUGUGUCGCCAUAACAACGGACGGGCGCUGGGGCCUCUCUGGAUCAAAAAGCGAUUCUUUGAAACUGUGGGACAUCGCUAGCGCGAAAUGCGUCAAAAGUAGCCCAGGCUCAAUUGCGUACAUUGCUGCCAUGCACAGAUCCCCCCAAGUGGUAACUGGUUCACACAAUGGCGACAUUACUAUGUGGAAUUGCGACAGUUUGGAGGUGCAGCAGACUGUUAAAGCUCACCAAGGUAGUGUAAUGUCGCUGCAAGUCUCUAAAGAUGACAGUUUUAUUGUCUCUGCAUCAAAUGACAAGACAGUUGGGUUGUACCAUAUUCACGAAGGUCAGGUAGUACAGCUUGUUGGCCAUACCGAUGCAGCUGUCUGCAUGUCUCUUAUGAAGGGAGAAAAUCUUGCGAUCUCAGGUUCUAAAGAUAAAACUGUUCGACUGUGGAACCUGCAGACGAAGAGCUGCGAGAGGAUAUUUGAAGGACACACUGGAGUUGUUGAAUGCCUGGCAUCAACUAGCGACAAUAAAACUAUAGUGUCGGGCUCGGGAGACUUCACACUUAAAAUCUGGAAUAUUGAAAAAGGCGACUGCCUGUUCACUUUAAAAGGACACAACGACUCGAUAAAAUGUAUAGGAAUAACCGAUGACAACCAGUUUGCGAUUGCUGGUUCUCAUGAAGGAAAGGACCAACUCCUGCUAUGGAACCUAAAGGAUGGGAACUGCGCUCGCAAGCUCACCGGUCACACCCACGCAGUGAUGCGCCUCAAGGUCCUUCCAAAUAACAUGAUGGUCACAAGCUCACGUGACGGGACCAUAAAACUGUGGAACAUUCAAAGUGGAGAGCUCAUCAACUCUUUUGAUUUUCAGUCCCAAGUCAAGUACUUUGACGUCCACCGGGCUGAUGACGGUUAUUCGGUGAUUCUGGUCACCAAAUCUGGGACAGUGUCCAUUCUGAAACUUCCUAUCUCCAACAAGGAAACCGAGGAAAGUUUCUCAUCAAUUAAGAAUUCUACUCCCGAGAAUGUAGAAAGCUCUGCUGCCAAAGCAACACCUACACAAAGUGGUUGCUGUGCCAGUUAUCGCUGCUGUAGGUGCUGCCAAAAAUGCACUGUGUUUUGACUAAAAGACUACUACACAAACUGGUUAAUGGAUAUCAAGGGAAAAAGCUCUUCUGAUGAAAUGAUUCGUUCGAGAUUGAGUUUUAUCAGCAAAAUAUUUUGCUUCAAUUUAAACUAAGUAUUUCAAACAGUUCUACAAGUACCGUUUUUGCUUUUUAAACUGCAUAAAGGUGUUUUAAGUAUUCUUUUGGCACAAGAUUGUUAGCAGGAAUUUGUUAACAAAAGUAGCAUAAUAACAGACUGCAAAAAUUACUUCGGAUUUAUAUGCUGAAAACUAAAUCAGCUGCAUUU